GUUGCGGGGGGACCUUUGUUGCGGGGCGGUUUUAUCGCGGUUUUCGCUCCGCGCAUAUUUAUUUUCCUCGCUUCCCAUCCGCAGGGCCGCAUGGAAUAUCUGGUCAAAUGGAAGGGCUGGUCGCAGAAGUACAGCACUUGGGAACCCGAGGAAAACAUCCUGGAUGCCCGGCUGCUCGCAGCCUUCGAGGAGAGCUUUGGUUCUUUUAACACCUCUAGGGAGCGAGAAAUGGAACUUUACGGGCCCAAAAAGCGAGGCCCCAAGCCCAAAACCUUCCUGCUAAAGGCCCAGGCAAAAGCCAAAGCCAAAACCUAUGAAUUCCGCAGUGACUCUUCCAGGGGGAUCCGGGUGCCGUAUCCCGGCAGGUCCCCCCAGGAGCUGGGCUCCACGUCCCGGGCUAGGGAAGGACUGAGAAACAUAGCCCUGGCCCCCCAGGGCAGUUCCAGCACCAGCACCCCCAAGGGAGACAGCAUCCGGGACCGGGUGAUCCGUGUGGAGGAGAAACCCGGGGAGACCCCCAAAAAGAGAGGCCCGAAGCCCAGGAAGGAGCUUUACAAGGACCUGGCGGAGACUCUGGAUGCCUCCAAGAGGAAACUGGGGGACCCGGGGGACAAAGUGGGGGACUACCUGAAGGCCAGGAAGAUGGAGGAGGCGGCGACGGGGGCGGCCAAGUUUGGCUCGGGACACAGCGUGAUCCAGCUGGCCCGGCGGCAGGAGCCCGACCUGCCCGGCGCCCUGCCCGGCCCCAACCGCGCCGAGGCGGGCGCCGAGACCUUCCCCCCGCGCCUGGCCAAGCACCGCGCGGACUUUCUGGACCCCAAGGGGCAGGGGGGGCUGGACCCCGGCGGGCCCAAGCUCCUGCACGGCGCGGUGAGCCCGGGCGGCGUGGGCAGCCUGUACCGCGACGGCGUGGGGGGCCCGGCGGGGCGGCCCUCCCUCAUCGCCAGGAUCCCCGUCUCCAGGAUCCUGGGGGACCCCGAGGAGGAGUCCUGGAGCCCCUCUCUCAACAACCUGGAGAAGGUGGUGGUAACUGAUGUGACCUCUAACUUUUUGACCGUCACCAUCAAGGAGAGCAGCACGGACCAAGGAUUCUUUAAGGAGAAGCGAUGAGUUUGGUGGAGGUGGUGCUGGGGUUUUCUUCAGUCAGAUCCAGACAAAAGCUUGGUUAGAGCUUGGUGGGCCUCUCUUCUUUUUUUUU